AUGGAAAAGGUCCUGGCUGGUUUGUGUGGGACCAGCCCAGAAGAUCCACUCCCUGUGUGGGUUGGUGGCACAGUUGGCCAUUGCUUUAAUCAGCUGGUGCUGAAUGUGGUUCCUCAUGUGAUCCUGGCUGCGGUCAGCGCCUGCUUCCUUGGCACUCCAAGAUCUGGCUCAGCAUUGUCUCACAGGCGAGGCUGGAGAUGCAGAAUUGCCGUAUCGUUUGUACUUGCUGGCUUACUCCUCGCUGAUAUAAUCCCAGCUGCCAUUUCUCAGCAGGAGCUGGGCCCUGUAUACCUGGAAGUGUUAUCCAGUGGCAUUGCUGCACUGACGUGGCUCACUCAUGGCCUUGCUCUCGUCAUGCUCAGCAGGUCCAUUCACAGCUCCACUAGGGGCCCUGCCGCCCUGGCUCUCCUCACUCUCUUACCGCUGCCUUCCCUCCUCAUCACACUGGUGUGGUAUUGCCAAAGUGGGACAGCUUGGUCUCCUGCCCGUCCUGCUGCCUCCUCCAGGUUCACCAUUCUCUGUCUGCAGCUGGCCUCCUUGCUGACUUAUGUGAUUAGCUACCUCUUGCCCGCUGCUGAUAGGCUUGAAUUCCUCUCCAUCAACAGCUCCCAGCAGCAGGAUCAGCUCAUCUCAGAGUCAGAGAUCUCAGCGUCAGAUCAGCAGGGAGUGGCAGAAGAUGGUGAGAGCUGGCUCUCACGCUUCUUUUAUGCUUGGAUGAACCCUCUUAUGAAACGUGGCUAUCAGUGGAAGCUGAACCAACCACAAGAUGUCUGUCUGCUUCCUCGAAAGCUUCAGGCUGCCAGGGUCUGUGAUCAGUUCUAUGCCUGCUGGCAGAAGAAAGCAGCUAUGCACCAAGUAGAGGAGGAGACGGUGUCUCCUACUAGCCCAAUCAUUGCUGGAGGUGAUGGCAGUAGCGAUGUCCUGGACAGGUCACGCCAUGCCCAGGAGGCUGUGCGACUCCUCUCAGUGCUUCAUGCAGCGUUUGGGCUUCGUUUCUACUCCCUGGGACUUCUCAAGCUGGUUGGUAGCCUGCUCGGUUUCUCAGGCCCUCUGCUUCUCAACCUGCUGGUGAACUUCAUGGAGUCACGGCAGGAACCCUUGAGCCACGGGGUGCUCUAUGCUCUUGGGCUCUUUGCUGGCUCCUUUGUGGGUGCACUUUUGCGGAACCAGUUCAGCUAUGAGGUGCAGAAGGUGAUGCUUAUGGUGCGAGCUGCCGUCAUCUCUGCCAUCUACCGCAAAGCUCUACGUGUUGGCAGCACCAGCCUUUCCCGCUUCACUGUGGGUGAAAUCGUCAACUUCAUGAGCACGGACACCAGUAGAUUGGUCAACUUCUGUCUCAGCUUCCACGAGGUGUGGAGCCUGCCCUUCCAGUUUGCCAUUACACUCUAUCUCCUUUACCAGCAAGUGGGUAUAGCCUUUCUGGGAGGCCUGGCCCUGGCACUGCUGCUUGUGCCUAUAAACAAGCUCAUAGCCAACCGCAUCAUGAUGAGCAACACAGAGAUGCUGAAGCACAAGGAUGCACGGGUCAAGCUAAUGACGGAGUUCCUAAAUGGGAUUCGUGUUAUCAAGUUUUAUGCCUGGGAGAAGCACUUCAGCACCAGGAUAAAUAACUGCCGAGCUAAAGAGCUGCAGAAGUUGCGAGCCAUCAAAUACUUGGAUGCUGUGUGCGUUUAUCUGUGGGCAGCACUGCCGGUUGUUGUCUCCAUUGUCAUCUUCAUCACCUAUGUCCUGAUGGGUCACCAACUCACUGCCACAAAGGUGUUCACAGCAUUGGCCCUUGUUGGGAUGCUCAUUCUCCCCCUCAACAGCUUCCCAUGGGUGUUGAAUGGGACUUUGGAAGCCAAAGUUUCCCUGGAUCGGAUCCAGCGUUUCCUUGAACUCGUGGACCAGGAUUUGGAAUCGUAUUAUGCCCUAGGUAAUCCUUCAGGUACGGCUUCUGCUAUAGAUAUAAGAGGUGCAGAUUUUUCAUGGGUGCCAGUCAAAGAAGAAAGCACCAGCCAGCCCUCAUCCACUGGCAGUCUGCAACUGCACAUUGAGAACCUCUCAGUAAGAAAGGGAAUGCUCCUGGGAGUUGUCGGAAAGGUUGGCUCUGGCAAGAGCUCUCUGCUUGCUGCUAUCACUGGAGAACUCAUUAAACAAGGUGGACAAGUAUAUAUUUGUGACCUGGAGCAAGGAUUUGGUCUGGCCACACAGGAGCCUUGGAUCCAAUUUACCACUGUCCGUGAGAACAUCCUUUUUGGGCGACAAUAUGAUGCCAGGCUGUAUGAAGAGGUGGUGGAGGCCUGUGCCCUCUCUGAGGACCUGAAUAUUUUACCUGCAGGUGACCAGACAGAGGUGGGUGAAAAUGGUGUGACACUCAGCGGGGGUCAGAAGGCUCGAAUAGCCCUUGCCAGGGCUGUUUAUCAGGAAAAAGAGCUUUACCUCCUUGAUGAUCCCUUGGCUGCAGUCGAUGCAGAUGUAGCCAGUCAUCUGAUGCAGAAGUGCAUUCUUGGAGUUCUCCAACACAAGACCAGAAUCCUUUGCACCCAUAGGACAGAAUUUUUGGAAAGGGCCGAUGCUUUGUUGUUGAUGGACAAUGGCAGGAUAAUCAAGACAGGCCCACCAGCUGAUAUCCUGCCUCUCGUGGAAUCUGUCCCCAAAUUCAAGGAUAUGAAGAAGAGGCGGAAUGAUAAAGACUCUGAUGAGCAGGGCCAGGAAGAAGCUAUAGAGACAGAGGCAGAAGAAUCAUUGCAGGACAAAUGUCUCCUCCACAAGGAGGAGGAGAAGAAAGAAGGGGCUCUGGAUUUUCAGGUGUACAAGGCAUAUUGGUUGGCAAUGGGCAGCUGCUUAGCAUUAUCUAUUCUCCUCUCACUGCUCCUGAUGCAAGCAUCCAGAAAUAUCUCGGAUUGGUGGCUCUCACACUGGAUCUCCAGCAUAUCCCAAACAGCAAAUACAUCUGUGAUGGUCUUUUCAGCUUCCCUGCCUUCCACAAAACUGCUUCUCUUCUCCGUUGUUGGGCUUGUCUCCCCGAUUCAAGCUCUGGACACAGCCCCAGUCCCUUCCAAUGCUUCGCUGGAUGUGAAUUUCUACCUGACAGUUUAUGGGGGCAUCGCAGGGGCCAACUCUCUCUUCACCAUUUUUCGGGCCUUCCUCUUUGCUUAUGGCACUAUCCGUGCUGCCGUUGUCAUUCACAAGCGACUGCUCCAGAGAGUUAUAAAGGCCACAGUCACCUUCUUUGAUACGACACCAACAGGCCGGAUCCUGAACCGCUUCUCCUCAGACCUAUACUGCGUGGAUGACAGCUUGCCAUUUAUCCUUAACAUUUUCUUGGCCAACAUGUAUGGGCUUUUGGGCAUGCUGGUGAUAAUCACCUAUGGUCUCCCUUGGAUUGGCCUGGUCUUACUCCCUCUGGCUGCUCUCUACUUCUCCAUCCAACGCUAUUACCGGCGCACAUCCCGGGAACUCAAGCGCCUUUGCAGUGUCACCCUGUCUCCCAUUUACACUCAUUUCUCAGAGACUCUCUCAGGACUGAGCAGCAUCAGAGCCAUGCGGGCAACACAGAGGUUUGAGUUGGAGAAUGAGCUGCGCCUAGAAAAGAAUCAGCGUUGCCUCUUUGCCAGCAACACAGCGAUGCAGUGGCUGGACAUUCGCUUGCAAAUGAUUGGGGUUGCUGUGAUUACAGCUAUCGCAGGAAUUGCCAUCAUCCAGCACCAGAAGCAGCUAGGAAAUCCAGGACUUGUGGGCCUGGCGCUCUCGUAUGCCCUGUCUGUCACAAACCUGCUCUCAGGCCUCAUUUCCAGCUUCACUACAACAGAAACCAUGAUGGUGAGUGUAGAGCGGACAGAAGAAUAUACCACAGACAUCCCCGUGGAGCCCCAGGAUAAACUGGUCCAGGUUGCUGCUGACUGGCCUAGCCAAGGGCUUGUGGAGUUCCAGCAGGUGAUCCUGGCCUACCGAGCAGGCCUUCCCAAUGCACUCGAUGGAGUGAGCUUCACCGUGUACCCUGGAGAGAAGGUGGGGAUUGUGGGUCGCACAGGAUCUGGAAAAUCCACCCUUUUCUUGGCACUGUUCCGCAUGCUGGAGCUGAAAGCAGGCCGUAUUCUCCUGGAUGGUGUUGACAGCCGGCUGGUGGGCUUGGAGGAACUGAGAUCUAGACUGGCCAUCAUCCCCCAGGAUCCAUUUCUAUUCAGUGGCUCAAUCCGAGAGAACUUGGACCCACAGGGAAAACGGACAGAUGCGGAGCUCCAUGAGGUGCUGGAGCAGUGCCACCUGCGGGAUGCUGUUACCCAGAUGGGUGGAUUGGACAGUGAGCUGGGAGAGAGAGGAAAGAAUUUGUCUUUGGGUCAGAGGCAGCUGGUGUGUCUGGCAAGAGCGCUCCUGACACAGGCCAAGGUGCUGUGCAUUGAUGAGGCCACAGCCAGUGUGGAUCAGAAGACAGACCAGCUGCUGCAGCAAACCAUCCGCCAGCGCUUUGCUGACAAAACUGUUUUGACAAUUGCUCACAGGCUGAACACCAUCUUGGACUCGGACCGUGUGCUAGUGAUGCAGGCUGGAAGGGUGGUGGAGCUGGACUCACCUGCCUGCCUAAGCAAAAAGGACGGCUCCUUGUUUCAGCGCCUGCUGCACAGCGGGCAGCAGUAACCUUCAGGGGCUGAGGUCAGGCAGCCCUUCUGCAUCCGUGUCUGCUUUUCCUCUUGCCUCAGCUGCCAGCCCCAUCCCUGCAGGGCCAGGAGCUGCUGAGGUGAGAGGAGGGGUCAUUGCUUUCUGCUGAUAGUGACUGUAUGUCUCAGGGAUGGAAGCAUGGCACUGUAGCCUUUCCUUAAGCAAGGAAAAUGUGAACUGGUGCUUAGGGCCAUGCGAGCCUGGCCCUAAGCAGGGCCCCAAAGCUUCCCUUUGUGAUUACAGAGGGCUUUUCUGCUCACUGAAGAAUCAGUGACUCCUAAUCUGAGAUUCAGUCUCAAGUAUGCCAUUUAAAAUAAAAUGGGAACAUUCUUGUGAA